CCUCCUUCAGCGUGUUAUCUGAAAACAGAUCAUCAUGGCGAGCCCAGGGAGACAAACAGAUGGCUGGGCUCUACAAACUCUCUCCAAUAAGCCACCAGAGAGUCAGCCACACAUAUUCUCUCCCUGUCUAUGGAUCCCUCUCCUCUUCCUGCUCAUGGGGCUAGGAGCCUCUGAAAAGGACUCAACACCAACAGUGGUGAAAGGGAUUCUAGGGGGUUCGGUGAUUCUGUCCCUGAACAUUUCAGUAGACGCAGAAAUUGAGCACAUCACCUGGAGUGGUCCCCAACAAGCUUUGGCUUUAGCAGAUGCAAGCGGAAAGAUUAUCUUAAUAGACAAAAGCUACCAGGGGCGAAUAAACGUCACCCAGGACAACUCCUUGUCUAUCAACAAGCUGACUCUGAAAGAUGCAGGAUCCUACAAAGCCCAGAUAAACCAAAAGAAUUCUAAAGUCACCACAAGUGAGAAAUUCACCCUGUCUGUCUAUGAACAGCUGCAGGAGCCCCGAGUCACCAUGAAGUCUGUGAACAUGUCUGAGAACGCCUCCUGUAACAUCACCCUUGUAUGCUCCGUGAAGGGGGCAGGGGAAGAUGUUCAGUACUACUGGACUUCGAGGGAUCCCCAUGCUUCUGAAUCCUGGGGGGGGCCUAGUCUCACCAUCUCUUGGUUGCCCUGUGACCCAAACCUGCCAUACAUCUGCAGAGCCAAGAACCCCGUCAGCCAGAGCAGCUCCCGCCCUGUCCAUGCCUGGCAGUUCUGUACAGAUCUAGGAGCUUCCAGAGGAAGACCAAUGGGGGAGACAGUGGCGGGGAUCCUGGGGGAAUCCAUCACCCUGUCCCUGGCGCUCCCGGACAGUCAGCACAUAGACAACGUUGUCUGGAUGUUUAACACCUCUAUUAUCAGCAAAGAGCGGGGAGAAGAAGCAACAGCCAAUCAAUUCAUUAAGUUCAAGGACCCAAAUCAGAGCACGGUGUGGGUCUCCAGCCAGGACUACUCCCUAAAGAUUGGCCAGUUGAAGAUGGAGGACGCCGGCCCCUACCACGCCUAUGUGUGCUCAAACGCCAGAGUUGCCAGCACAAAACAUAUCAACCUGAGCAUCUACCGGAGGCUGAGGAAGCCAAAAGUCACCAGGAGCCUCGGGCUCACAGAGGACGGCGUCUGCAGGAUCAGCCUGACAUGCUCAGUGGAGGACAGUGGACACAAUGUGACAUACAGAUGGAGCCCCCUACAGAAAGGAGCUGUUGUGUCCCAAGGGGGAGCUCACCUCAGCGUCUCCUGGAGAAGUGGAGAAAAACACCCCAGUUUCACAUGCAGAGCCAGCAAUCCUGUCAGCAACAGCUCCCAGCAGUUUCUUUCUAGGGACCUCUGUCCAGGUUGCUUUCCUGUUCAGCCAGACCUCAGAGCCUUACGACCUGAGAGAAGGACAGCACUUUGGUCUGGGAUCUCCCUGAUGGUUCUUUUCACCUUUCUGUGCUUUGGGAUCUCUGGCUGGUGCUUUUGGAAGAAAAAAGGACGAUGUUCAGCCCCAGCCUUCAGAUCCAGUCAAGUUGAGGCUCCAGCUGACACACCAGGGUAUGAGAAGGUGGACACUUUCCCUAAGACCGCCAGGCACGUCUCCGACAGCAGCUCUGACAGCAAUGGGACAACUGAGGAGGAUGAGGAGAGGACAGAGAUGCACCAGCCCGUCAAUGGAAGAGACCAGGUGUGUGAUUUGGUCACUCAGGAGGACGCUGGACAUGACUCGGACUCUGAGGGGCAAGCAGAGUAUUAUCUCGUCACUCCAGAUGACACGACACCGGCGCUUUCGAUUGAAGGGGAAACUGUGUAUACACAGGUGUUCCUUGACUUUCAGGGACAGACCCCAGUUCCUCAGAAGAAAGAGAAGUCAGCCACAAUCUACUGCUCUAUACAGAAACCUCAGAAGGUGGUACCAGCACCGCAACAGAAUGAUCUUGAGUCUCCUGAAAUAUCUACCUAUGAAAAUGUCCCCUGAAAUGCAGCUGCCUUCCUGCAUGAGGUUGGAGCACUGGACCUAACAGGGUCUGGGGCUCCCGCAGGCAGAAGCACUUCAGAAUUUCCUUCAGGGUCCCAGCGAUGCCUGGAUUUGUGGCUCCCCCUUCCUCUCACCCCCAUGACUUCCCAAACCCAUUAGCAGGUCAGACAACUUCUGGGCUCCAUUUGUCUCCUUGCAUGCUCAUACUGUUUCUGCCUCUCAGCUCAGAUGCACACCUCAGAACUCUGCCAAAGCUUGUCAUGUUGUUGAAGGGGACCUGGACCUUCACAUGUUCCUCUAAAGAGCUGCUAAGAUAAAUCCAACAGAUACUCUCACUUACAGACACAAAGAUCUAGGUGAAAUCAUGACCACAGUAGUAUUUUUUUAAAUAAAAGGCUACAAAUAACCUAAGUGCCCAUUUAGUAGGAAUCUGGUUCAGCACGUGAAAGUAUACCCAUGCGAUGGCAAAACCUGCCACUUCUGUAAAGAAAAGAAAGGAAAGACUAAUAUGUGCUAAUAUAGAAUGAGCUCUAAGAUACAUUGUUAAUGGAAAGAACAAAGUCUUGGACAGUGUGUAUCAUAUGCUACCAGUCGGAUAAAAAAAAUAACUGUAUGUUUAUAUAGGUAAAGAAAAGUUCUGAAAGGAAAUACAAAGAUCUUAUCAGUGGCUGCCUCUGUGGAGGGAA